AUGUCGGAAGGAAAGUCACUGCGCGUGAUGUCGCGGCGCGGGUUGCGGCGCGGCUGCCGCUCACGGAGCUUCUCCCUCGACGAGCUGAGCGACGCCGGACAAGGAGACCAUGAUGGUGAAAAUAUUUACAUAGAGAUGGACGGUUGCGGGCAGCUGACGGCGCGCGGCGGCGCGGCGCGGGCGCGGGCGGUGCGGCGCGCGCGCCUCGCACCCGCGCCGCCGCACGCCUCCGCCCUGCUGUGCCUAGCGCGCGCGCCCUCCCCCGCGCCCCGCCUCGCGCUGCGCCUGGCCGCCGACGUGCCGCCGCUGCACGAACUACUCCUCUGGUUCGACGACCACGCGCUGGCCCAUCUCGACAUGCCAUUCCUUACUUUACGUAACAUUACAGGUAAAAAAAAUUACUCAUGUCACCAUUGCAAUACUGAAUUCGAACACCCGAACCCCUUGAAGAUACAUAUGUUCCUCUCGUGUCGACCGUACGAGGCGGGUUCGUUCUGGAAGCGAUGCAUAUCUCGCUUGCGCGCGGCCACAGUCCCGCCCGCGAUGCAGCUCCCUCAAAUGGUUUCCUCACCGGUCCCCUCGUUCCCGGCAUCGCCGCCCCCCGACCCCGCGCAGCUGGAGGCGCUGGCGGCGGCGUGGGGGCGCUCGCGCGACGGGCACGUGUGCCUCUACUGCGGCAAGCUGUACUCGCGCAAGUACGGCCUGAAGAUCCACAUCCGCACGCACACCGGCUACAAGCCGCUGCGCUGCCAGCACUGCCUGCGCGCCUUCGGCGACCCCAGCAACCUCAACAAGCACGUGCGCCUACACGCGGCCGCCGCGGGGCCGGCGGGCGGCGCGGGAGGCACGGGCGGCGCGCACGCGUGCCCGCUGUGCCGCAAGCCGCUGGCGCGCCGCCGCGACCUGCACCGCCACAUGCGCACGCACCACCCACACCACACGCAUAGUGACGCGAGUGCA